AUGCAGCAAACAACAACACCAAUUGAAACUACUAGUCCUGGCUAUUUCUUUGGCAGUGAUGCUAAACUGGAGCCUACCACCAAGGACAUCAUCUUUGGCAGAGGCAAAAAGUACCAAGAUCACGAAGGGAACAAACGCAUGAGAGAUUGUGUCAAUGAAUACAAACAACUCUACAAUGCCUUGAAGAGAUUUCAGAAACAAGCGCUUGUAGAAACCAUUUACAAAAAGCUUGUGGAAGGUGGAGCUCGCUUCUUGCGCAAGGACGAGGCUACUGACACAUGGGUGCUGGUAAAAAGGGAGCUAGCCACCCAAAAAGUGUCUCAUGCUUUGAGAUGCAAGAAGCACUUGGGAAAGUCAUCCCCCAAGAACAUCAUAGAUCUGAAGAAGCCUGCCGUUUCUAUUAGAAAGGACAGCAACAGCACGAUCGAAUCCACCGUCUCUACUCUCGGAGACUUGGUAUCAUCGGUUGGCUCGAAGGAGAAUCAGAUGCACGCCAUCGACCCCGCUUCCGUUGUUGGAAGAGUCACUCCUGCGAUGGAUCCAAUUCUUACCACCAGACCAGUCGCUGUCAAGGCCAGUCUUUCUACUAUUGGAACCAACAUGGCGGCUACUCCAAUGCCCGCGGCUCCGGUGCCAUCUGUCGCAACCCUUCACGCACUACAAACGCUGCAAAUGCAAGACAUGUUGCAGCGCCAACGAUUGCUAGCAAUGAUGGAUCUGCAAAGGCAAGCCCAACAGCAGGCAGCGUCCGCCCUUUACGAAGCAGCUAUUAGUCAAAUCCUCGUCCAGCAGCACACCAUGAAGCAAGCUUCUGAGUGA